AUGCCUAAUUUGAGUGUUCUUUUGUCUUUAUUUACGGGAUUGACCAUUGUCCAAGGUCAUGGAUUCUUGAAGAGACCAGCACAACGAUCAUACGUCUGGAGAGAAGGACUUAAUCCUUCACUCAAUAAAUACUAUAAUCACAUGGCGCUUAAUUGUGGCACAGCUGGGAGACAAUACAAUAAAAAUGGCGGGAAGUGUGGCACAUGCGGGGAUCCCUACGAUGAGGCUCAACCACGUGCCCAUGAGCUUGGUGGCACUUUCGGUUCGGGUUAUAUAUCGCCGAAUGCAGUGUACACACAGGGGCAGGUUAUACCUACUGUGGUCGACAUAACUGCCAACCACAAAGGUUGGUUUGAGUUUCGAGUAUGCAAAGUCACAGACAACAAUCCCGUCACACAGAAUUGUCUGGAUCAGAAUCUUCUCAAGCUUGACAAUGGCGAUACAAGAUACGACCUUGCUGGUAAUAUUCGAGGCGACAUCCCCAUUGGUGUCAAACUUCCUGAAGACCUGUCGUGCGAUCAUUGUGUUCUCCAAUGGUACUGGUUAACAGGCAAUUCUCAUCGGAAUAAGGAGACUUUCAUUAACUGUGCCGAUAUCACCAUUCAACCUACAUCCAACCAACCUCCCUCCCCAACAACAACAACAACAAAAACAACAACAACAACUGCUGUCCCAGUCACUUCUAAUCUCCCGACAACCACACUGCCCCCGAUCAUGACUUGUUAUCCGGGUCAGUCAAAUGUCUGUAGAUGGAUCGGACCCAACAAUGGCCUGUUCACCAAAGACCAGAUGGAUGGCUUCUGUGUGAAUGCAUCUGAAGCUGUUGAUCCUUAUUUACAGAUGAACUGUAGGUGUAGUUGUGAUUGGCCCACGGUACCAGGAGACUGUUCCGGAAUAUCAAACACCUGGGAUAUCAUUCCUAACCCGGAUCCAUUCUGUGCUGCAACCUGUGGACAAUGUCCGACGGCUCACUGUCGAUGCUAGAUACCGAUACUGUGUAUAAAAUACUCUGAUCCGGAAUUAAUGUUUGAUAAUACAAUAAUAUAGUUUAACAAUGUUCA